GGGCCUUCAGGAGCCCCGCGCCCCGCGCCCCCAGCAAGGGGGCCCCGCGCAGCCAGGGACCAUGGAGAUCUCGCUGGGGCAGUGGCUCCUCAUCCUGUUCCUCGUGGUGGUCCCGCUUCUGUAUGAAUGGAGUGCCACCUUCAAAUACUUCUGCAAGAUGGCUUUCUACAACGGCUACAUCCUCUUCCUGGCCAUCCUUGUCAUCCCUGUCUGCGCUGUGCGGGGACGCAAUGUGGAAAACAUGAAGAUAAUUCGUUUCAUGAUGCUGCAUGUGAAAUAUCUCUACGGUAUAAAGAUUGAGGUGCGGGGGAUAGAGAACUUCAACAUCAAGGAGCCUUACGUGAUUGUAUCCAACCACCAGAGCUCCCUUGACUUACUCGGGUUGAUGGAGGUGUUGCCGGGCCGGUGUGUGCCAAUUGCCAAGAAAGAGCUGAUGUACAUGGGCACCGUGGGGCUGGCCUGCUGGUUGGGGGGCAUCAUCUUUAUCAACCGCAAGAAAACGGAUGAUGCCAUCAGUGUCAUGUCGGAGGCUGCCCAGACCAUGCUGAGCAAAGAUGUUCGGGUCUGGGUGUUUCCAGAGGGCACCAGGAAUCACAAUGGCUCCAUGCUACCCUUCAAACGGGGUGCCUUCCAUUUGGCUGUGCAAGCCAAGGUUCCUAUCAUCCCGGUCGUGAUCUCAUCGUAUCGGGAUUUCUACAGUAAGAAGGAAAGACGCUUCACCACAGGGCGCUGCACCGUCCAGAUCCUGCCUGCCAUGUCCACGAAGGGGCUGGGUGCCGAAGACGUGCCGGCCCUGACAGAUCGCGUGCGCCAGGCCAUGCUCAUUGCCUUCGAGGGGCUCUCGGUGGAGCUGGGUGCCCCACAGUGACCCCCCACAAUACUUCUUUCCCCCAACUUCCAGCCCUAGAGAGCUGCACAGGGUGGGACUGGGAGCAGCGGAUGCCCACGAGAGCCACUGAGACGGAGCCAGGGCAGGAGAGGGCAGCCCUUGUCCCAACAGUGAAGUCAGGCCCAGGCGCGGCCCAGGCAGUGGCGGGAGCGGCCACCCCACAGCCGAGCAAGGGGGCGACUGGGUGGCAGCCGGCGGGUGGGGCUGAGCUCGGCCGAGCCCCCCAGGAGCAUCUGAGCGAGGUGGUCCCAGCCACGCCCAUUGCCACCCUCAGCUUUGGACCAGAACUCCAGCCUCCUCUCCCCUCCUCUCCUUCCCUUCCCGCCCCACACUCAACUAUGUGGUACCGUCUUUCCAAGUCCCCUCCUUCCCUUCUUCUGUUUUGUUGACGUGACCAGUUCCACCUGAGCUUCUUGGACUCAACCAUUCCAGUCCCCAUUCCGGGAGCAUACUAUGGGCCAGUCCACAGGGAUCUUAUAAACUGAACCCCUCCUCGGAUCCAGCCGAGGAACCUGCGGACCAGAUCCAUCCCAGCCUCUUGCAGAGGAUGAGAAGGAGCAGGGGAGCUGCCGUGAACUUCAGGCUGUGUAAUGGAGCAAUGGCGCGGCGGGGCAGCCCUCGCCUCUCACCCAAGCGCAUGUUCCAGGGGUGCGGAGGAAGUGGUGCCGCCGCUGCUGCUGCUGGAGCGGCUCGCCAUUGACUGCAGUGGGAACAGGGUCAGAAGGACCCCCUUGCAAAGGAGCAAGCCACGGACCGACGCCCCUGCAGCUCUGAAGGGGGUGGGGGUCCAGCGCUGUGCUCCAAGGCCUUGCUUAGGUGGACGGACGGACUGGCUCUGAAAUCAUGGACCAACAUGCCUCUCUCUGUGAAAGGGCACGGCAGAGACUGGGAGGCAAGCUGAGAGAAUGUGGGUAUAUCUUGGCUCUGUUCCUUCGCCUGGUGGCAAGAAGGGAACAAAAGAGCAACUAUCUUGGGCAUUGCGGGGCAAGAUCAUGUGGACUUCCCCAACUGAACA